GCGCUGUGGAUGUUUCUCGUCCUCUCGGUUCAUCAGCGAGCUCUAGCCUGCAUUGACAGCCUCGUCGCCGGGUUUAAGCUGUCAUCCUGACCGAGCCGUGUUGCUCGAAAAGAGGAAGCCGAGAGAAGAAACAAUACCGAGGGUUGUGUGCCGUUGGCAAGUGAAGAUCAGUUUUCAAUACGCGGACUCUUGUUAUUGCGGUGGAAAACAAACGACAGCUCCUAUAGACGCUCCUCACUGAAGCAGCAGCAAUGCCUGGCUUUGACUACAAGUUCCUGGAGAAGCCCAAGAGACGCUUUCAAUGUCCUCUGUGUAGCAAAGCAAUGAGGGAACCGGUCCAAGUUUCCACAUGUGGACACCGAUUCUGUGAUACCUGCCUGCAGGAAUUUCUCAGUGAGGGGGUCUUCAAGUGCCCGGAGGACCAGCUCCCAUUGGAUUACGCCAAGAUCUAUCCUGACCCUGAGCUGGAGCAGCAGAUACUGGCGCUGCCCAUCCGCUGUAUUCACAGUGAAGAGGGCUGCCGCUGGACCGGCCAGAUGAAACAGCUACAGAGCCACUUCUCGACCUGCGCCUUCAAUGUGAUCCCCUGCCCAAACCGCUGCUCCGUCAAGCUGACGCGCAGAGACCUGCCCGAACACCUGCAACACGACUGUCCCAAACGCAAGGUCAAGUGCGAGUUCUGCGGGAGUGAGUUCACAGGAGAGGCCUAUGAGAACCACCAAGGCAUCUGUCCGCAGGAGAGCGUUUACUGCGAAAACAAGUGUGGCGCAAGAAUGAUGCGGCGACUCCUGUCCCAGCACACCAUGACGGAGUGUCCCAAACGCACACAGCCCUGCAAAUACUGUGGCAAAGAGUUUGUGUACGACACAAUCCAGAACCACCAGUAUCACUGCCCUCGCUUCCCAGUGCAGUGCCCCAAUCAGUGCGGCACCCCGAACAUCGCCCGUGAGGACCUGGCCAACCACGUGAAGGAGAGCUGCGGCAGUGCGCUGGUCCUCUGCCCAUUCAAAGAGGCCGGCUGCAAACACAGAUGCCCAAAGAUGGCGAUUGGUCGGCAUCUGGAAGAAAGCACUAAAUCCCACCUGACCAUGAUGUGCAGUCUCGUGGGACGCCAGAGGCAGGAGAUCUUGGAGCUCAGACGCGAAAUGGAGGAGCUCUCGGUCAGUCACGAUGGCGUCCUUAUCUGGAAACUGACUGACUACUCACGCAAACUGCAGGAGGCCAAACUGCGCAACAACCACGAGUUCUUCAGUCCACCUUUCUACACGCACCGCUACGGGUAUAAGCUUCAGGUGUCUGCUUUUCUAAAUGGCAACGGCAGUGGUGAAGGCUCGCAUCUGUCCAUAUACAUCCGCGUGCUGCCCGGAGAAUACGACAACCUGCUCGAGUGGCCCUUCUCAUACAAGGUGACCUUCUCCAUCCUCGACCAGAGCGACCCGUCACUAUCCAAACCCCAGCACAUCACCGAGACCUUCAACCCGGACCCCAACUGGAAGAACUUCCAGAAGCCCUGCAGCAGCCGCAACUCGCUGGACGAGAGCACGCUGGGCUUCGGCUACCCCAAAUUCAUCUCGCACGAGGAGAUCAAGAAGAGGAACUACAUCCGCGACAACUCCAUCUUCCUCAAAGCUUCCAUAGAGAUCCCGCAAAAAAUCAUGGCCUGAGGGGUGAACAUUUGUGUUGACGUUUUGUUUUAUCCCCUCACAGAGCCCGUCUGUUUGGUGAAUCGGCCAGAUUUGAGGAGCCGUACCAAAAUAUGGAAGUGUUUCGCAAAGUCAUCUCUUGGAUUUGCUUUCUAACACUAUUCUUCCUCAGUCUACAGCAACGCCUUUGGACAUUCAGUAGUGCCUAGAACAUUUGUUUUAAUUCAACUGUUAUUUCUGGACUGUGAAAGGCUAUUCCUAACCUUUUGAGAUUGACAAGACGUACACUAACCCUCUUUCUACCCCGUUGAAAAAUGGGUGUGAGCUCAACUGAACGUAGAUUCAACUAGUUUAAGUAAACUAACAACGGCUGUGAACUAAAUGUAGCUUAACUCGUUCGACUCCACGGUGCAUUGUAGUACUUGCGUUUUUUUCAACACUAGUCGACGUUUGAGAUGAUUCCGAGCAUGGCAUUUUUGUCUAGCUUUUUUUUAAUCCUUAUCGUAUGAUGGAAAUCAAACUCAUGCAGUCGGAUUCGGAUCGAAAGCCAUUGCGAGAGAUUGUUUACAUUCAGUUAGAGGGGGGAGAUUCAUUCAUGGACCAGUUCUGUUGUUUUGUACUGUAUCCUGUAUUCUUAACCAGCGUGUGAGGGCUUGACGGUCGGAUGAGCGAAAGGAACCAAAAGUUUUUGAUAUGUGAAAAAUAUAAAUGUGAGCAGCAUUGUGUCACAAAGCGAGGAGGAUUUCGAAUGUGAACUCUGGACUCGACAUGCUCAGUUCUUUGUCUUGCUGUGGUGGAUGAUGAACCGAGAAAUGAGCGGCGCUGGUAGUUUGGCUUACCUGUGCCUGGUAAAGCAGCAUGUGAGCAAGUGGAGAGUUCUUCCAUGUGCCUGAGGAAGAUGAGCCUUGUGCAAUAUGGCUGCCAUUGCUCCAUACAGACCAGUGGAGGACUUUUUGUUGAUCCUUAUUAUUAUAAUAUAUUAUAUGUGAAUACUAAUAACGAAAAAAAAAAUGCAAAAAGCACAUUCUUCUUCGCAUUUAAUCCCGCUACGAUACCAGCUAAUAUUUUGCAACAAUUUUGAGAAAACCUUGGAAGAAAAACAAAAGAAAAAAAGAGACUUUUUUUGCUAAGAUUCUGUAUUUUACAAAGUACUUCGGAUGUUUUCUACAAUACUUUUUUGGCGAUGAGUUUCGGGGGCUGUUCGUUGGACCCUUUUCACGUUUCACCUUCUGUGGCAUUUGCUCGGUCAUUUAUUAUUUUUUUGUCUGGUUUGGAUUUUUGCAUAUUAUGUCUGUAUUAUUUCCUCUUGAGAAGUAUUUAUUUUAAGGCGCCAUAAUCUGAGCUUGACAGGAAAAUGGUGCAGAUGUUUUUAUAUGUUAAUUUGAUGAUUGCUUGUCAAAUAUCACUUGAAAUAAAAUAAUGUCUACAA